AUGGCUACAAAUAAGCUUCUCUUGACCUUCGCUAUUUGUAGACUAAUUGUAACCGUCGGAUUGACGGUGGACCCCACGGAGCUUCUCCGCCUGGGGGUCGACGGCCAGCUAAGCGUCGACCCGGCUGACGUCGAAACGGCGUCGUCGGACUUCGGCUUGAUGACGAGAGCCAAGCCGCUGGCAGUCUUGCACCCGGCCUCAGCUGAAGACGUCGCGAGGCUCAUCCGAGCGGCUUACGGCUCGGCGCCGGGGCUGACAGUAUCGGCGCGGGGACACGGGCAUUCGAUAAACGGACAGGCGCAGGCGACCAACGGAGUGGUCAUCAAAAUGAGCAGCUCAAGAGAAAGGACUGCGGCUGAUCAGACUUCGGCGGCGGCGGCGGCGGCUCGGCCUCAGGUUUCGGAGAGAGAGAUGUACGUGGACGUGUGGGGAGGAGAUUUGUGGAUAGAUGUGCUGAAGGCGACGUUGGAGCAUGGCUUGGCGCCAAAGUCGUGGACGGAUUAUUUGUAUUUGACUGUCGGUGGAACGCUUUCCAAUGCUGGAAUCAGCGGCCAAACUUUCAAUCACGGUCCUCAAAUCGCAAACGUUCAAGAACUCGACGUCGUUACAGUUGGCAAGGGUGAGCUCUUGACGUGCUCGGAAGAGAAAAACUCAGAGCUGUUCCACGCUGUUCUCGGUGGUCUAGGGCAAUUUGGAAUCAUAACUAGGGCUAGAAUUGCUCUUGAACCAGCUCCUCAAAGGGUGAGGUGGAUUCGAGUACUGUAUUCCAAUUUCUCCUCAUUUACCAAAGACCAAGAGUUUCUAAUCUCUUUGCAUGGACUCCCGGCAUCCCAAAGAUUCGACUAUGUUGAAGGUUUUGUAAUAGUAGACGAAGGCCUCAUUAACAAUUGGAGAUCUUCAUUUUUUUCACCUCGAAAUCCUGUUAAACUCAGCUCUAUUAAUGCCGAUGGAGGUGUAUUAUAUUGCUUGGAGAUAACAAAAAAUUACGAUGAAUCAACUGCCGAAACCAUUGAUCAGGAAGUAGAGGGCUUGCUAAAGAAAUUGGAUUUCAUACCGACAUCAGUCUUCACAACGGAUUUGCCAUACGUGGAUUUCUUGGACCGGGUCCACAAGGCCGAGUUAAAGCUCCGGUCCAAGGGCUUGUGGGACGUGCCCCACCCAUGGUUCAACCUUUUUGUCCCCAAGUCGAGGAUUUCUGACUUCGAUGAGGGUGUGUUCAAGAGUAUUUUGGGUAAUAAGACAAGUGGGCCCAUUCUCAUCUACCCCAUGAACAAGGACAAGUGGGACCAGAGGAGCUCGGCGGUGACACCGGAUGAGGACGUGUUUUACCUUGUGGCAUUGCUGAGAUCGGCCUUGGACACCGCGGAUGAGACCCAGUCAUUGGAGUACCUGAUGCAUCAGAACCGUCAGAUCCUCAGAUUCUGCGCCGCUGCCGGGAUCAAGGCAAAGCAGUACCUGCCCCACUACACAACACAACAGGAGUGGGUGGACCACUUCGGAGAUAAGUGGGCCCAGUUUCACAAGCGCAAGAUGGAGUUCGACCCCCGCCAUAUCUUAGCCACAGGCCAACGCAUUUUCACUCCUUCCUUCGCCCACAAUACCAAGAACACCAAACCUAUCAAUACUCACAACAGCAUAAUAGCUUCAUCGUGAUUCAUCAAAAAAACCAAAAAAAAUAAAAAAUUCACAUAUUUAGAGACUAGCCUAGACGAAUCGCUAUUGAUAUACAUCUAGAUACACUAGUGUUGAAGUACUGAGCUAGCUAGUAGUAGGGUUAAGCUUUGUAUAUAUCAUAAUAGAGCUUUAGCUUUUAUUUAUUUAUUUAUUUAUUUAUUUUAC